UGACAAGUAAACUUAACAUCAUCAAUAUGGUCCGAUAUCUUCCAUUAUUCCUCUUCCUUACUCUGUUCAGUCACAAUAUUCUCGCGGCCGUCGUCCCGAAAUCUGACGGAAACUAUGAUGAGUCUCUUAGUGAGGCCUUGGAUAGUGACGCUAUCUCGGGCUACGAACAGGAGUCAGGGGAAGCAUUAGUCUCUGACAUAGAUAAUGAUGAAGGGGAUUUUAAUAUUCACGCUAUACGGGCUCCUGCGGAUUGCAACAAUCUGAUUCGUUCGGGCAUCGACAGCUGCAAAAAGGCCGUGCAAAGCGGCAUCGCGACCUGCAAAAAGAAAAUCGUGGACGAUGUUGCAGCUUGUCACAUCCAAGUUCGACAAGACAUAGACAAUUGCAAGAAAAAGGCCAAGGACCCGUUCACCAAGGCUCGUUGCGAGCUUAACCGGAAACCUCGCGAUGUGCAGUGCGAAGCACGAAGAUCGAAAAUUCCUACCUGUGAGAAGAAUCGUCCUAAGGUCCUUGCUUGCUGUGAAGGUCUUAGAACACGGGUGCAAGGUCUUUGCGCUGUCAAAGUCGUGCCCACCGAAGCAGUCCGCAAUGGACUGAAAUUAGGGCAAGAUAUAUGCAUUCGUGGUCUCAUCUGAAAGUUGACAGAACCAAAUGCGUUGAGCAUACACUCAUUCGACAAACUUCGCUGAAACAUGGAGAGCAACUUAUCGGAGAAUCUAUUCAUCCAUUUCGGUUAAAAGCAGAACGACAACAAAUCCCUGUAUGCAGGCAUUCAAAGAUGAUAUUUCUCUUCUUCCGUUUCUUUCCUGAGUCAUGCUAUAUUGUUUAAUAUGAGUCAGAAAGAAAAGGAACUGGUAAUAUGUUAGAAGCACUUUCAUUUUG